CCAUCCAUCCAGAAUGCAGGCCCGUGGACUCUUUCUCCUUCUGGUUUUUAUCCUUCUGGCUGUAUCUUCAGAAGCAGGCAAGAAUAAGAAGGACAAGGUCAAGAAAAAUGGUUCCGAUUGUGAGGAAUGGCGCUGGGGCCCAUGUAUCCCCAACAGCAAGGACUGUGGUGUGGGCUUCCGUGAGGGAACUUGUCAUGAUGAGACAAAGAAGCUCAAAUGCAAGAUCCCAUGCAACUGGAAGAAGGAGUUUGGAGCUGAUUGCAAGUACAAGUUUGAGAACUGGGGUGGCUGUGACCCUGCAACAGGUCUGAAGGCACGUUCAGGUACUCUGAAGAAAGCUCUUUACAAUGCCGAGUGCCAGGAAACUAUUCAAGUGACUAAGCCCUGCUCUCCCAAGACCAAGUCAAAAUCCAAAGCCAGAAAAGGAAAGGGGAAAGACUAGUAUGAUGGAUACAGUCCACCGUCUUCAGGGCAUGGUGCCUGAACCCACUUGGACACACGCCACUUGAAGCUGCAGCUUGGCCUCUCCCAGCUUGGCAAUACUUUGCCAAACCCCAUUAUUCUUCAGCCUGCACAGCCUUAUCUUUAACUGCAAUACCAUUUCUAAUCAUUAGUUUUAUAGCGAGCAAGCCCACCCUUUCCUAAAGAAGGUGUUGCUUGCCUUUCCCUUAACUUCUUCUCUUCUACCUCUUGUGUCCUCUCCUCUCUCUGUGUGUUCCAGUAUCCUUUGCUCUGGUUUGCUUCCCUGAAUGCAGCACAAUGUUUGGAAAUGGGCUCAGCUGCAACAAGCUCUUGCUAAAGCUCUUCACCUCUGGGGUUCUUUGUCCAAGCCAAAUGACUUUUUGGCAGCCUCUCGCAAUCUUAGCAUUGCCUGUGGUUGGUCCAUGUAGCUUCAUCCGGUCAUAAACCUUUCUUUAAGGCACCUGAGGAAACCCUUUCAGGGAAUGAGAGAAGGUGCGAGAGAAACUACAGUAGAAAUGGGAUGAGGAAUCUUAUCUGCCUUACCUUCCUAAAAGAAGCACUGUAGGAAAAUGCAGGCCUCUUUGGUAUCGCUUUGCACUCCCUUUCCCACGGAAGAAGUGCCUACUUCCUGGCAUGCACACACCUUUCCCUUCCCCCAUCUCUAAUGCACAUAUGUUUCUUGAUAGACAGUCUUCCCAUCUGAGGAGCAGCACAGCUGGUUAACCUCACUGAGCUGUGCUUGCUUGCUCUCUCUGCCCACAAGACAUGCUUUGCCUUCCUUUCGGCAUCAGGAAAGGAUCCCUCAGAGCCAAUGAAGCUGGUUCCCUAUCUCAGUCCCCUUUGUCUGUCCUCCUGCUGGGAUGCUGUGGCCUUUCCUUCCUCUACUGGUGCUGGGUAAGCCCUCUCUGCUUUUCACAGUCCCCCCCCCCACUUUUUUUUUCCAAUAAAGAUCUUUUUACAAAAAGA